AUGUUCACACCCUCGCCUUCUCCUCCUACAUCUCCUCCUCACACCAUUCCUAUGGCUCGCACUAAGAAUCCCUCAAGGAUUCCAUCUUUUUCCAAGCCAACCUCAACUCCCAACACUCCUCACAGCGCUCCAUCGAAGCCAAGCACCUCGAAAGGGAAACGGCCUGCUGCAGCCGAACAAACCAUUGAGCCAACUCAACCUAAGCCAAGGUCUGUUCCUAUUCGUCCUCAGAGAGGAGGUGGUUCAGUGAAACAGCAGAAAAAGGGACCUACUCAUUCUGAAAGGGUAGUGCUUGAUGAUGAUGAUGAUGAAUCUGUUCCUGAGGAUUCCCCUCCUCCUUCUCCGAGGGAUGAAAAUGCUGUCACUAAUGCUGAAGAAGAUGAUGCUUCUGAGGAGGCUGGUUCAGAUGUCUAG